AGGACGUCCGCAGCCGGCCCAGGAAAGCAAGGAGCUGGCCAGCACGGGGGCAGCGGAUCCCCCUCCAGCGACCCGCGGGAUCUGCAGAGGAAAAGGAGCCGGGAAAAUUUGCAUCCAGCUUCCCCGGCUGCCGGCGAGCGAGAGAGCGGCGUGGAAGAUUUUGGAAACGGUCCCUGGGCAUGCCGAACCGCUGUAAGUCACCUCGCGCAUGGAGCGCCCCGAGAGGCGCGCGCCCGCUUCCUCUCCCUCUACCCGACCGAGCUUGAGACCCGCAACCCAGGCUGCGCGGAGCCGGACGAGCGUGGGAAUGUCCCGCUUUGGGUGGAAGUAAGCGGAGUUUGCGAACCUUCGUUUUGGGGCUUUGGGAAUUCGAGAGCGCGGCGAUCGCCAUGAAGCCAGAUUGGAUGCGGAUGGAGUCCUUUCCGAAGAGGGCUUCGGAAGAUAGCUGGGGGCCGGGGUGCCCGUGAUCUGACCGACCUCUCCCCCACCCUCACGGUUGGCCACUUCUCCGUCCGUCCCUCCCUUCCUCCACCACCAGCAGAACUUGGGGGGUUCCUCGGAGCGGUGGGGCAGCUUCCCGAGUUGGCCAACAUGAGCUGCGGGCGGCGGCGGCGAAGCUCCAGACCGACUCUGGGCGUGGUGCUGCAUCUGGUGUGUUCCUGUUUCGGCAUCAGCUCCAUCGACAUCGACCGGCCCGGGGACGCCCGGUGCCAACCCAUCGAGAUCCCCAUGUGCAAAGACAUCGGCUACAACAUGACCCGGAUGCCCAACUUAAUGGGCCACGAGGACCAGCAGGAUGCGGCCAUCCAACUGCACGAGUUCGCCCCGCUGGUGGAGUACGGCUGCCAUGGGCACCUCAAAUUCUUCCUCUGUUCCCUCUAUGCCCCCAUGUGCACCGAGCAGGUUUCCACGCCCAUCCCGGCCUGCCGGGUGAUGUGCGAACAGGCGCGGCUCAAGUGCUCACCCAUCAUGGAGCAGUUCAACUUCAGAUGGCCGGACUCUCUGGAUUGCAGCAAACUGCCCAACAAAAAUGACCCCAAUUAUUUGUGCAUGGAAGCCCCCAGCAAUGGCUCCGAGGAACCUCCCCGGGGAUCCAGCAUGCUCCCUCCCAUGCUCUGGCCCCAGAGGCCUCACAGUGCCGGUCACGACCUGACCCAGCAGAAGGACGGGCUGGGCCGGCUCUCCUGCGAGAACCCCGGGAAGUUCCACCAUGUGGAGAAGAGCGGUUCUUGUGCUCCACUUUGCACGAUGGGGGUGGAUGUUUACUGGAGCUGGGAGGACAAGCAGUUCGCCGUCAUCUGGAUGGCCGUCUGGUCCAUCCUCUGCUUCUUCUCCAGCGCCUUCACCGUCCUGACCUUCCUGAUCGACCCCCAGCGCUUCAAGUACCCAGAGAGGCCCAUCAUCUUCUUGUCCAUGUGUUACUGCGUCUACUCCGUGGGCUACAUUGUCCGCCUCUUCUCUGGAGCGGAAAACAUCGCCUGCAAUCCGGACAGUGGCCAACUCUAUGUCAUUCAAGAAGGUUUGGAGAGCACCGGCUGUACCUUGGUUUUCCUGAUCCUCUACUACUUCGGCAUGGCCAGCUCCUUGUGGUGGGUGAUCCUGACUUUGACGUGGUUCCUGGCCGCGGGGAAGAAAUGGGGCCAUGAGGCCAUUGAAGCCAACAGCAGUUACUUUCACUUGGCGGCUUGGGCCAUCCCUGCGGUUAAGACUAUUAUGAUCUUAGUCAUGCGCCGGGUUGCGGGGGAUGAGUUGACGGGCUUGUGCUACGUUGGCAGCAUGGAUGUCAAUGCGCUGACCGGCUUCGUGCUGGUCCCUCUGGCUUGCUAUCUCAUUCUGGGGACAUCCUUCAUCCUUUCGGGCUUUGUGGCCCUCUUCCACAUCAGGAGGGUAAUGAAAACUGGCGGAGAGAACACCGACAAACUGGAGAAGCUCAUGGUGAGGAUUGGUGUCUUCUCCGUCUUGUAUACCGUGCCGGCCACUUGUGUCAUCGCGUGUUACUUUUAUGAAAGGUUGAACAUGGGUUACUGGAAGGUUUUGGCCACCCAGCAAAAAUGCAAGGUCAACAAUCAUACCAAGCACCUGGACUGCACCAUGAGCGACUCCGUCCCGGCCGUGGAGAUCUUUAUGGUCAAAAUCUUUAUGUUGCUGGUGGUGGGCAUUACCAGUGGGGUUUGGAUUUGGACAUCCAAAACUUUGCAAUCCUGGCAAGGGGUUUGUAGCCGGAGGAUCAAGAACAGGACUCGGAGGAAAUCCACCAGCAUGGUAGCAAGUGGGAGUCUUUACAAAAAGACAAGCCAGCCUUUGCCCAAAGUUCAUCACGCAAAGUACGAACCAGCUUUGCAACCCCCAACCUGUGUGUGACCACAGUGGACCACGAGAUCAUAAUAAUAUUAUGAAUCGGAAUAUUUGGAAAGCGACUGAAAGAGAUGCCCAAGCAGUCAGCACAGCAUUCAGGACUAAAUGUUUUUUUAUAAAAAUGUUUUUAGAACUUCUGUUGUCUUACCAAACAACAAAUUAAGAAAAAAGAGUUGAAAUCUUAAAAUUCAAGGUCAGGAAACAGGGGGGGAAAUUAGUGCCUCGAAUGUUGAACAACCAUAAGCACACUCUUUUCUUUCUUUCUUUCUUUCUUUCUUUCUUUCUUUCUUUCUUUCUUUCUUUCUUUCUUUCUUUCUUCUUUUUCUGUCUUUUCUUUUUCUCUUCCUUCCUUCUUUCUUCUCUUCCCUCUCUCUCUCCCCCCUUAGUUUGCUAGUUUUUACAUGCUUUGAAAAACUUUAGUAAAACUUCCUCCCUCCGUUUUCUUUUCCUUCCUUCCUUCCUUCCUUCCUUCCUCCCUCCCUCCCUCCCUCCCUCCC